CAUCAAUUCAUUCAUUGGUUUCCUCCUUUUAACUCUCCUCUUGGGCAGCUCCGGUCACAUUCUCUUCUCCCAAGUUUUUUCGUUGAUUCUUUUCGCAUACACAUUUUUCCAAAGGCAUGGCGAACAAGUGGGCUGCAAUGAUGAAAGUCUGUGCGGUGUUUGCCGCUGCCGCGCUCAUGCUCCUGCGGCGAGUGCAUGGAGAUGGAGGCUGGCUGGACGGAGCGCACGCAACUUACUACGGAGGGAGCGAUGCGUCCGGGACAAACAAUGGAGCUUGCGGCUAUGGAAACCAGCUGAGCGCCGGCUACGGCUACAUCACCACCGCCCUGAGCACUCCGCUCUUCGAAAACGGCGACAUCUGCGGAGCGUGCUUCGAGAUCCGGUGCGCCGGUGGCGCGGGAUGCCUGCCGGGCAAUCCCUCCACCGUCGUCACCGCCACGAAUCUCUGCCCCCCAGGGAGCAACGGUGGCUGGUGCGACCCGCCCAAGCCCCACUUCGACCUCUCGCAGCCCGCAUUCAGCAGGAUCGCGAGCAUCCCGAAUGGCCACGUUCAGCUCCAAUACAGGAGAGUUGCGUGCGAUAGGCAAGGGGGGAUUCGCUUCACGGUCAACGGCCACACCUUCUUCAACCUUGUCCUGGUGGAGAACGUUGGCGGUAGCGGCGACGUGGUGGCAGUGGAGGUGAAGGGCUCCGCCACCGGGUGGCGGCAAAUGCAGAGGAACUGGGGCCAGAACUGGCAAGACAUGGGCGACCUUAACGGCCAGGCGCUCUCCUUUCGGGUCACCGGGAGCGAUGGGAAGGUGGUCACGUCCAUGAAUGUGGCUCCCGCGGACUGGCAGUUUGGGAGAACUUACAGCGGCGGCCAGUUCUGAUCAGCGAGAGAUCCACGAACACAAAUUCCAUAGCUCUAGGGAGAUUGGAGAAAGCGUGAUUUUUGAAGAGGAGGUGACGAUACUGGCACCCACUUCGCAGCGAAACCCGAUUCUAUACACAUCCAUUUGUAUCAAACAAAGCGAUCAAUGACACGUCGAUUUAUUUUA